UACCCGUCCAAGUCCCGUUUUCGCGACUGGUGCAGAUGGAGGCUUCAAGUAGCGUUGCAGCGGCGCAACGCACGCUCCGCUUCGUGUGUGGAGUCGAGUCACAAGCGUCUUGUCAAGGCGUGGCGACAGAUGUAGAGCCGACGCUGAAGCGGCAGCGUGUUGUUGAUCCUUCGAUUGUCGAAGUACGUCUAGUCGAGUUUAUUCGCGACCUUGACGAGGCGAACGAAGACAACGACAAGCAUUACGGCUUGUUUGUAUGGCCGUCGGCGCUGUUGCUAUCCCGGUUCAUUACCCACGAAGCAAGUUGGCUUUGUCGCGACAAAGUCGUCCUGGAAUUGGGUUGCGGAACAGGACUCCCGUCGAUUACCUCUGCGUUAUGUGAAGCUGCAAAGGUUUACCUUACAGAUCGACCUGAUGCUGGCGACAUCCAGCGUAACGCAGAGGCUAAUAUCACGCUGAAUGGGCUUGAUGGUCGUGCGGAAUUCAUACCGCUAUCUUGGGGAGAUAUGUACGUAUCGGACGAGAUCGUUUCCAUCUUCCAAGCUGUCGAUGUCGUCCUAGCUGCUGACUGUUUUUAUCAAUCUGAAGAUUUUGAGAAAGUGGUCGCGACUGUCGCCCUCAUUUUGCGAUGCAGUAACUCACCCUCCUGCAAGUUCUACUUCACCUACCAAUUACGCAGUAUCAAUCGAUCGAUCGCUCCUUUACUCUCUCGCUGGGGUUUGACUGCCCGGUCAAUUGAAAAAAGCUCGUAUAUCAACGACGCACACGAGAUGGAAAUCCAAGAUUUUGAUAGUAUCUACCUCUACGAGAUGAAACGUUCAGCCUAA